UACUGCGCCGCCCGGAGACUCUGUCGAGUCGUUUGCGAGUCAACGCCGCCUCGCAUGUGGAAGGAAAUCGCCGUGGAUUUGCCGGAAUACACCGAUUCCGUCGACCGGUGAAGUGAAGUCGGACGGCAAGGUUCAGGAUUUCCCAUCUGGUUCCUGCAAGAAUUCCCAACACCCUUUGGCUUCAAUGGCUGAUAACUCUACAGCAGCCACUGAGUUCUGAAAGAACCACAUUCAAAACGAAAGUGGGUCAGUUUCCUGCAAAUUCUCAGCACCAUCCCAUGUUCAGUACAGACACUUCUCGGGAGCUCUGUCCCUUAUUUUCUUCUCAAAAAGUGACUUUCCCUACCGGGUUUUCUCUUUCGGAUCUUUGAGCUAUAAACCCACCCAAGAUUUCAAUAAGUUUGUUGCUUUCUCAUUUUGGGUUCUCAAAAGAAAUGGUUUUUACUACCAAUCUCUACAUUUUGUAAAAAUGCCAAAGUUUUUGUAUCAGUCUCAGUCCUUUUCUCUUCAGGGUUGUGUAAUGCAAAUUGAAGGUCCAAAACAUGGCCAAUCUUGUUCCUGGUGUCCUUCUCAAGCUUCUGCAGCACAUGAACACAGACAUAAAGGUUGCUGGUGAGCACAGGUCAUCUCUAUUGCAAGUUGUGAGCAUUGUUCCAGCGCUUGCAGGUGGUGAGUUAUUCUCAAACCAAGGUUUUUACAUCAAGGUUUCAGAUUCCUCUCAUGCCACCUAUGUAUCUCUCCCCGAUGAACAUGAUGAUCUCAUUCUUAGUGAUAAGAUUCAAUUGGGUCAGUUUAUUCAUGUUGAGCGGCUCGAAGCGGCCUCACCAGUCCCAAUUCUUCGCGGGGUUAGGCCAGUUCCGGGUCGCCACCCUUGUGUGGGAAGCCCUGAAGAUAUUGUUGCUACUCACUCGUUGGGAUUUCUGAACCAUAUUUCGUCUUCGGGUUUGAAACCUGAGGAGAAAGUGAAAUCACCUAAUAAGAAAGUCUUUGGGAAUAAUCAUGUUGGGGAAAAGGAGAAGGUGAGAUUGAAUGGUAGUGUUAAAGAGGAGCAAUUGGAUAAGAAAAUGGGGGCUUUUAGUAGAUCAAAGUCACAAUCAUUGAAAUCGGCAUUGAAUUUGGAAGUGAAGAAGGAAUCGUUGGGGAGAUUGAAGUCAUUCAAUUCACGCUCUAUUCCUUCGUCUCCGACGAGUUGUUAUUCGUUGCCAGCUUCUUUUGAGAAGUUUUCGAAUGGGAUGAGGCAGCAGGCAGAGAUAAAGGGAGGGAAGGCAACAGUUAAAUUGGGGGUGGUGGAAAAGGCAAAUGUUGUUCGCACGUUUAGUCCCCUUCCCUCUGGGAAGAAGGUAGCGAUGGGAAACCCGAUUAAAAGUUUCGUUCAAGGGAUUGAGCUGGGGGCCAAGGCUCUGAGGAAGAGCUGGGAAGGAAAUAUGGAGGUGAAGAGCAGAGAGAAUUCAAAUUUAAGGGCCUCCAAACAUGAUUCGAAGCCCGAAGUACGAAGUUCUACACCUAGAUUAAGUACGACUUCAAGGAUAAGUACAUCAAGAAUGAGUACAUCAAGUGAAAGGUUGCUAUCCAACGAGGAGAAUAUGGCCCAGUCGUCUGCUAGGUCAUCCAAAGGGGACAUUAAAGCUCAAAUAUCUGCAAAGAAAGUCUCUGCAAAUGGGACUUCGGGUGAUCAAGAAAAACCAAGUAAGCAAACAACUUCUGCUGGAAAGAAAUCAUCAGGCGAACAUUCCAGUAAUGGACUCCCAGGAAACUUGGUCAAGGUUUCCCUAAAUAGUAGAAGAUUGACAGAAGGAAGUGUUUCAUGGGCUUCUCUCCCAUCUUCUCUUGCAAAGCUUGGAAAGGUAUAAAAUC